UAUUAGUAUUACCCAAGAAGCAUCCUGCAUACCCAUGAGCUUCUUCAUAUCCAUUCACCAUGACUUUCAUGACAUGAAUCAUCAAACCUAAUCAUCCUUAUCCGAAAACACAGAGAAAGUUUGUUCCUAUGUUCUUGCGUUCCGUUAUUAAAGCCUCCAUUUUUGAAUGCCAACUGUCUCGCCUUACUCCAUCUGUCUCGAGUCUCAUUAAUACAUAAAUUCUCUAUAUUUCUUUCAUUAGGAUCAACGAAUUUCUCUCCCCACCUCUUGAAAUUGAAGGUCUACAUUCAGAAUUGUCAAAGCAGCAGCAACCAUUUUUUCCGAAUUCAGAAUUGUCAAACAGCCAUAUUGCUGCUCUCAUCAUUUUACGCUGGAAUUGAAAGUAAUAUUGAAAGAGUGGAUUUCGAUCGUGCAGACUGGUAAACUUGCACAGCAUUUGGUCACUGGGGAUUUUACCCUGUAAAGAAAAAUGGGGUACAGGGAUGAUUUGGAAAAGGGAAGCAGGGGUGAAAAUGGAGAUAUUAAAAAGGCCCUGUUAGAGAAAGGGAGCACCCGGCUGAACAAAUCUAAAUCUGGUCGUCAUGGUGGUAAAGGGGCAAGAAAGCCAGAUAUUGGAACCUUCAGAGGAAGUGCUUUAAUUGCAAUAUUAUGUACAUGUAUAGUUGCCUUGGGGCCUAUACAGUUUGGAUUCUGUAUUGGAUACUCUUCACCCACACAAAGUGGGAUCAUGGAUGAUCUUGGGUUAACUGUUUCUCAGUUCUCUUUAUUUGGAUCUUUAUCCAAUGUUGGAGCCAUGGUGGGUGCAAUAAUCAGUGGACAAGUUGCUGAUUAUAUUGGACGGAAAGGGGCAUUACUAGUGGCUGCCAUUCCAAAUAUUCUUGGGUGGCUUGCUAUUUCUUUUGCCAAGGAUUCUUCAUUUUUGUACUUGGGAAGAGUGCUCACAGGCUUUGGAGUGGGAGUCAUCUCAUUCACCGUACCAGUAUACAUAUCUGAGAUUGCACCGAAGCACUUGCGAGGAGGUCUUGGGGCAGUAAAUCAGCUUUCUGUGACAAUUGGUAUUAUGCUGGCAUAUCUAUUUGGACUGUUCCUUUCAUGGCGGUCUCUGGCAGUUGCAGGCAUGAUCCCUUGUGCUCUUUUGGUACUCGGCCUCUUCUUCAUCCCGGAAUCCCCAAGAUGGUUGGCAAAAGUUGGUAAUGAUAGUUUUGAAGCUUCAUUACAGGCACUCCGAGGAUCUGAUAUUGAUGUCUCCCUUGAAGCAAUUGAAAUCAAGAGUAUCAUGGAGAAGAGUAGUCAGCAAAGUAGAAUCAAAUUCUCUGAGCUCUUUGAGCGGAGAUAUGCCCUUCCUCUCACCAUUGGUAUUGGGCUGCUACUUUUGCAGCAAUUGAGUGGAGUUAAUGGUAUUAUGUUUUACAGCACUUCCAUUUUCAAAUCUGCUGGAAUUUCAUCUGCUAAUGCUGCAUCACUUGGACUUGGUGCCAUUCAGGUGCUCACAACUGGUCUUACUGUGUGGCUAAUGGACAAAGCUGGUCGACGUCUCCUCCUUAUGGUCUCAUCAGGAGGCAUGGCCAUAUGCCAUUUCCUUGUUGGUCUCUCAUUUUACUUGAAGAGCCAUAUGGAAGGAGCUUCUCAAUAUGAAACAUUCUUCAGUGUUUUAGCUUUAACUAGUUUGUUGAUUUUCAUUGUUUCCUUCUCACUCGGUAUGGGUGCCAUCCCAUGGAUUAUCAUGUCUGAGAUACUUCCUCUAAAUGUCAAGGGUCUUGCUGGCAGCGUAGCAACACUGGGAAACUGGAUGACAUCAUGGGUGGUGACAAUGACUAUCAAUCUACUUAUGGAAUGGAGCUAUACUGGGACAUUCACGCUAUAUUCUGUUGUGUGCGCCUUCACACUGAUCUUUGUGGUAUUGUGUGUUCCGGAAACCAAAGGGCGAACCCUGGAAGAGAUCCAAGCAUCCUUCAGAUGAGCCGCUACCAUGAAUUCAUCCCUUGGCAAGUGAUGAAGUGGGUCCUAAAUUAGGAUGCACCAUUUCAUCAUCUGUGACUGUAUAUUAUCGAUUCUUUAGGCGUGGGUGUAAAGUAGUGAUUUGUAAUUGAGAACAGUGAUCCUAUUCCUGGUCAUUCCAUCAAAAAGUUGCUUCCCAACCUGGAAUUUUUUGAUUGCAAAUAAUAAUUCCACGUCUUCAAAAUAAAGAUUUCUUUCUUCUUGUUUUCAA